GCAACAAGGCAACACAACGCAAGCAAUUCGUUGCGAGAAGAUAUUUCAAAUAUUUUAAAUAUUACGUAUUACUCGAACAUCAACCAAAAAUGGAAUACACCAGCAAGACCCUGAUCUACCAGAAGGUGAAGAAGCCCCUGCUGGAACGCCAGCGACGGGCCCGCAUCAACAAGUGCCUGGACACCCUGAAGACACUUGUCGCCGAGCUGCGCGGCGACGAUGGCAUCCUGCGCAUGGACAAGGCCGAGAUGCUCGAGUCGGCGGUGAUCUUUAUGCGCCAGCAGAAGACCCAGAAGAAGACAGUCGAAGAGCCCGCUGCCGCCCUGCCCCUGGAUGGCUUCAAGAACGGCUACAUGAACGCCGUCAACGAGGUGUCACGCGUCAUGGCCUCCACACCUGGAAUGAGCGUCGACCUGGGCAAAUCGGUGAUGACUCACCUUGGCCGCAUCUACAAGAACCUGCAGCAGUUCCACGAGGCCCAGACCACCACCACCACCAACGGCGACCUUCACAUCCCGAUGGACUGCUCUGCCGACAAGGCGCCCCUCAGCCCUGCCUCAUCCGGUUAUCACAGCGACUGCGACAGCCCCGCCCCCUCACCGCUGCCACUGGAAGGCGAGAAACUAUGGCGCCCCUGGUAAAGUGGCAGUAGAGGUGGAGUGGGAAGUGAAGAGAAGGAUCAUCCAACAACGCAACUGUGAUAGCUCAACUGUGAUGGCAACAAAAUAGCAAAAUGAAAACCAAUUAGCAAAAAAUAUAAAAAGAAAUACAAACAAAUUGAAAACGAAAAUCAAAAC